GGCCUAUCUAAAUCAGUUUUAGUUCACGGUAAUCACAUGGGGUAAAUAUGGUUUUUUGCUUUGACGGACUGACAGUCACUGACAGUUCGCGAUAAACCACGAUAAGCUCCACAAUGAACAGAUUUGAGUAUGCCGAUUCUAAAUUUAUGCUAAAUGAGGUUUAUGUGAGACGCGAUAUGGUCGUGCGUCUUUACGAUGGUGACGUAAAGACAAAUUUUGAAAGUGGCGAAUUAAUCCUAACUAGUCACAGAAUACUCUGGGGCAGGCCCGGUGAUAUAGCACGAGGUAAUACUUGCUUGUCGUUGUCUCUUAGACACAUUGUUUUCUUUGAAGAGGAAAAUCCUGGGCCAUUUUCCUUUGGGCGUAGUAAGAAGAUUGUGUUACAUCUCUCAGAACCCGCUGUUGAUAAGAUGCCUGGUCCCAUGGACAAUAGUUUAUAUAAUUACAUUAAAUUAUCGUUUAAAGAGGGUUUGGAUCCAAAUUUUAUAGUACAAUUGUCGGACACUAUUAUGAGACGAAUGUGGGAGUUUGCACCUGCUGCUGGAAUAUUUGUGAAUGAAAAUCAGAAAAAUACAAAACUGCUACCUCACAUAAAAACACGAACAGGUAUCAUAGGUAUUGAAAGAAGUCUGCAGGAGAAACAGAAAGAAACAGAUGAGAGCAUAUCUUUAGCAUUUCAAGAUCUUACAAAGCUUAUGGAUAUGGCUAAAGAUAUGGUGGCCAUCUCAAAAACCAUUUCAGCUAAAAUAAGGGCAAGGCAGGGAGAUAUAACAGAAGAUGAAACUGUCAGAUUUAAGGCAUACUUAAUGAGCUUAGGUAUUGAUGAUCCAGUAACGAGAGAUGCGUACAAGAGCAGCAACGAGUACAUUGAACAAUUGGCAAAGCAGCUCGCGUAUAUCUUGGAAGAGCCGAUAAAGGAAGUAGGUGGCAUGAUGACCCUUACAGACGUUUACUGCCGCGUGAAUAGAGCGAGAGGUUUGGAGCUUUUAUCUCCUGAAGAUUUAUUACACGCCAGCAGACAAUUGGCACCUUUAGGUUUGCCAAUUGUGUUAAGAAGUUUUGAUAGUGGUGUUAUGGUUCUUCAGAUUCGCUCUCACGACGAUAAUGCUGUCGUCGAUCAUAUAACGGAAUUGUUGAAAGAAAAAGGAUUUAUGACGGCCGAGGAUCUUGCCCAAUCGGAGGGUAUAUCAGUAUUAUUAGCACGCGAACGAUUGCUAGUCACGGAAAAAAAUGGGAAAGCUUGCAGGGACGAUUCAAUAGAAGCUCUGAAAUUUUAUCCUAAUCUAUUUUUAGAAGAAAUAUCUAGUGAAUAAUUUUAAGGUAUCACAAAUGUACGACUGAUUGCCUUUUCGAAUUAAUAUUGGCCAUCAUAUAACACCAACGUUUUAAAGAUUUAUACAUUUCUUUUAAGUUUUUAUGUGUCCAAAGUGCAGUUAAAUUAAAUGCUAUUAAAGUUGAAUUGUAAAAUAUAAAAUUUAUUACUUAUUUUUAAGUAUAUGAUUAUAUUUACUUCUUCGUAAUUAUAAUUAUAUCAUGUUUUUUU